AUGGCCUCAGUGGCCGUGAGUGGUAGCGUUGCCUACCGGCCUCGCGAAUAUCAGCUCGAGAUGCUUGCAGCUAGCCGCAAAGAGAACAUCAUUGUCGCAAUGGACACUGGAAGUGGAAAGACUCACAUUGCUAUUCUGCGUAUGCUCGUUGAGCUUGAAAGCUGCUCUCCGGACAAGAGAAUCUGGUUUCUAGUCCCCACAGUGGCAUUGGCGCUUCAGCAACAUGAGGUUAUUAGUCGACAGCUUGUAUCCGUCAAGACGAAAGUUUUAACUGGCCUUGACAAUGUGGAAUUAUGGACCGAGCAGAUGAUUUGGGAUGAAGUUCUCAAGGAAGCCCGAGUGGUUGUCGCUACACAUGCCAUUCUUGCAGAUGCUCUUACCCAUGGCUUUGUUAGGAUGUCUCAGGUUGCUCUCCUUGUCUUCGACGAAGCUCAUCAUUGCAUGAGACGUCAUCCAGCCAAUAAGAUUAUGCAAAAUCACUACCACCCAAUGCUUCAGCACGCGGGCCCUGCUGCAGUGCCCCAAAUCUUGGGACUAACUGCCAGUCCGAUCGUCCGGUCCAAUCCAAAAGAGCUUGAAUUGAUAGAAGCAAACUUGAACGCAGUUUGCAAGACGCCCAAAGCGCAUCGCUCCGAGUUGGUAGAGAAUACUCACCAUCCUCAACUCGAACGAAUUGAUUACAAUCCUUGCGCCGAAAAUGACGAAGGCCAGGGUAGUCGAUAUCUUCAAGCUCUUACCAAAUGCUGUCUUUCAUACAACAUCCAAGAGGAUCCAUACAUCGAGGCACUCCGUGAGGAAGGAAAAUCGAUUGAAUUAGAGAAAGUCCUGUUAUCUGGCAAGACAUACUGCAACGAGCAGCUGAACAAAUUCUUGGAAACUAGCCGCCACAUCUACGAGGAGUUGGGCGGCGCGGCUGUCGAUUACUACAUUGGGGCUUCAAUUGACCAGUUCCGAAGUUCAAUCAAUGAUGCUAGCGUAUUGAUUGGCUGCAGCCAACUUGAGAAGGUUUAUCUUUUAGAACUAUUGGACGAAAUGCCUCUCAGAGACAUGGGUAAUCUUGAAGGCAAUCAAUCGUCCCAGAAAUUGGAUAAGGUCGUUGACUUUUUGGUGAAAAUGGAUCAACCGGAUUUCUCCGGAUUGAUUUUUGUCCAGCGAAGAGCAACUGUCAGCGUUCUAGCUCGGAUGUUGUCGAUUAUCCCAGCAACACAAAAUCGCUUUCGGUGUGCUCCGUAUGUCGGGUGGUCUACAAACAGACAUCGCCAAGAAUCCCUUGGCGACUUACUUCACCGAGAUAUGCAGCGAGAAACUCUACUUGAAUUUAAGGCGGGACGAAAGAACCUGAUUGUUACAACUGAUGUCCUUGAAGAAGGAAUUGACAUGAGUUCCUGCAGCCUGGUCAUCUGUUUUGACAAGCCAGGCAACGUGAAGUCCUUUGUGCAGCGAAGAGGUCGUGCUCGCCACCAGAAAUCAACCUACGCCAUGAUGAUCUCAACCGAAGGCAUGGCGUUGGAUGUCUCAAAGUGGGUUCAAUUGGAACAAGCCAUAAUUCAAGCGUAUCAGGACGAUGAAAGGUUGCACAAGGAAGCUUUGGCGCUGGAGAGUAUUGAUGAGAUAGUCUCUGAGCGGCUUUUCGUCGAAAAAACACACGCUGUGAUGACUGCUAAUGAAGCAGUCCAGCAUUUACACCAUUUCUGCUCCGUCCUACCAGUAGAUGAAUACGUUGACAACCGUCCGCUAUUCUCAUUUGAAGAGAACAGUUCAGGUCUGAAGCAAGCAACGGUUAUUCUUCCAACCUCUGUUCACCCAACUGUGAGAAAAACCAAGGGAACCAAGUGGUGGCUUACAGAGCGUGCAGCUCGAAAGGAGGCGGCGUUUCAUGCUUAUCGAGCUUUGCAUGAGUAUGGACUGGUAAAUGACAACCUUUUGCCCUUGACCAGAAAGGCAGAGCUCAGAUUCACCGAUAAAGAGACUUUACCCUCUGUAGUCAAUGCUAUGGAGCAGUAUGACCCGUUCGUUGACAUUGCGCACGCGUGGACUUCAGGACAGGCUUACGAGACCCGCCUCAGAAUCUACCGUGACGGCCUUAUUGAUGAAGAUCUAGCAGUUUCUAUGAUACUGCCGAGCCUACUACCCAUGCCGACUCCCAUUAAUAUCUAUUGGGAGGUCGAUACGACUUUAUUGCUUUCGUUUGAUCGGCCAGUGCAAGUUGCGGACCCAUCAGCACAGACACUGGAUGAAAUGAGAAACACAACAGCGCUCUAUCUUCAAGCGCCAAGCUCACGAGAGCGAGGACCAGAGCGCGAUUUUGUCGUUCUCUUCGCUCCUAGCAUUCCUUGCCAACGUUUGCAGGAAUGGUUGAACUGCCAUGACGGAAGACAGCCAUCUUUGGAAAGUUAUCACAAGGGCGAAGAGCCUUCAAGCAUUCUUCGCGAUCACGGGAAAUUCACGGAGCCACGCACAUUCGUACGAUGGAUUAGCCCCGACCAGAUUACUAAGUCAACCCCGGUCGAAGUAGAAUGUCGGCCGCUCCCUCGACGUCGCAAUCUACUGCAGAUGCGAGCUGUCAAUAUAGAAGAUGGAGAUGCAGACUCAGUCAAAAAGCUGUACACAAUGCCGGCAUCCUCUAUUACAGUGGAUAAGCUUCCUCUGAGACAGGCAAUCUUUGGUCUUUUCAUCUCUGCCAUACUCGACCGUUUUCAGGCUUCAUUAGUAGCCCACCGAUUGAAUGACAGUAUUUUGAAAGGUGUAGGAAUCAAAGAUAUCAACCACGUUCUCACGGCAAUUAGCACGCCCAUUGCACAGGCCACUACCAACUACCAGCGUUACGAAUUCUUCGGUGACUCCGUGCUCAAAUUCACCGUCAGCUGUCAGCUCUUUUUCGACAACACCAAAUGGCACGAAGGAUAUCUCUCAGAAAGCCGAGACAAGCUCAUCCAAAACACCCGCCUCGCCCGUGCAGCCCUAGACACCGGAAUCGACAAUUUCAUUCUAACGGAUCGUUUCACGCCACGCAGAUGGGCUGCCCCAAUGAUCUCAACCAAACAAACCCAACCAACGAAGAAACGCCAGAUGUCAACAAAGGUCCUAGCAGACGUAAUCGAAGCGCUAAUCGGCGCAGCCUACAUGGACGGCGGAAUCCACAAAGCACAAGCCUGCCUACACAGAUUCCUCCCCGAAAUAACCAUGUUCACAAGCGAAAUCUCCCUCGACCUCGUCCCAGCCGGCAAAGGCGUUAGCAACCUAAUAAACCAGCACCACCUCACGAACCUGAUCGGCUACACAUUCAACCACCAAGCCCUCCUAACAGAAGCGCUAACCCACCCAUCCUGCGAAUACGACCUAAGCACACAAUCCUACCAACGCCUCGAGUUCCUCGGCGACGCAGUCCUCGACAUGGUCGUCAUGGCCGUGUUCCCGAACCACCCGGUAGAAAUGGACCAAGGCGCAAUGACGAUUCUCAAACACUCCGUGGUAAACGCGAACCUGCUCGCCUUCUUGUGCAUGGACCUAGCCGUUUCCGAGGAAUCAUCCUCCAUGCCACAGUUCUCGCCUGAUGGAAGGAGAUUAAGCAAUGCAACACUCAGCCACGACACAAUCCACCUCUGGCAGUUCCUUCGUUCCCACGGACCGAAUAUCAAGGAUGCGCGCGAAGCCUGCAUCCUGCGCUAUCAGUCUCUGCGAUAUCAGAUCCACCACGCGUUGAAUCAUGCCGCCGCGUACCCGUGGGAACUGUUCGCACGGCUGGCAGCUGAUAAGUUCUUCUCUGAUAUUAUCGAGUCUGUGCUUGGCGCGAUGUUCGUUGAUUCGGGUGGGAACCUGGAUGUUUGUUGCUCCUUUGUGGAGCGACUGGGUCUGUUGUCGUAUGUUCGACGUGUUAUUGCUGAUGGUGUCAAUGUUGUUCAUCCGCGGAAUAUUGCACAGACUAUGGUUAAGGGGGCGGGAACCUUGGUGUUCAAGAGGAGACGGGUUGAGACUAAGGGGAGGCCUGCUACGUAUCGGUGUGCGGCUAUUGUGAACAACAAUGAGAUUGCGCUUGUUGAGGGCUUUGCUACGGCUGAGGAGGCGGAGGUUAAGGUUGCUCUUGAUGUUAUUCAGUAUUUGGAGGUUCAUCCCUUGGUUAAAGCGGCAUAG